CACCGGGGUCCAGGAAAGCCGGAAGCGAAGGGAAUCCUGUCACAGGUGAUUCGCCGGUGGACCCGGAAGUCGGUGACAGAACCGGAGCCAUGAAGCGGGACGUGAGGAUCCUCCUGUUGGGGGAGGCUCAGGUUGGGAAGACGUCCCUAAUUAUGGCUCUGGUGGGAGAGGAGUUUCCUGAUGAGGUUCCUUCCCGAGCAGAAGAAAUUACGAUUCCAGCAGAUGUGACGCCAGAGCGUGUCCCCACUCACAUAGUUGAUUUCUCCGAAGUGGAACAGACAGAAGAUGAACUUGGGGAAGAGAUAGCAAAGGCAAAUGUCGUUUGCAUAGUGUAUGAUGUGACCGAAUUAAACACCAUUGAAAAGAUUGCUUCUAAAUGGAUACCAUUGGUAAACGGCAACGUGGAACGAAGUUCACGACUUCCCAUAAUCCUAGUGGGAAACAAAUCAGACCUGCAGUGUGGAAGUUCCAUGGAGUCGAUUCUGCCCAUUAUGAACCAGUUCUCUGAAAUUGAGACCUGUGUAGAGUGUUCAGCAAAGAACUUGAAAAAAUAUCAGAGGUUUUUUUAUUAUGCCCAAAGCGUACUGCAUCCCACAGCUCCGUUAUACGACCCUGAGGAAAAGCAGUUGAGACCGCAGUGCAGGAAGGCUUUGACUCGAAUCUUCACCAUAUCUGAUCAAGAUAACAACCAAAUUUUGAGUGACGAAGAACUCAACUAUUUCAGUCGUUCCUGUUUUGGAAACCCUCUGGCACCUCAAGCACUAGAAGAUGUUAAAAUGGUGGUGAGGAAGAAUACAGCAGAUGGCGUACAGGAAAAUGGUCUGACACUAAACGGCUUCCUUUUCCUCAACACCCUUUUUAUCCAGCGUGGGCGACACGAAACCACGUGGACAAUCCUGAGGCGGUUUGGAUAUGAUGAUUCUCUGGAACUUACAGAUGACUACCUCUACCCCCCGCUGCGUGUUCCUCACAACUCAUCCACUGAAUUGAAUCAUUUCGGCUACCAGUUCCUUCAGAAGACAUUUGAAAAACAUGACCAGGAUUGUGAUAGUGCCCUCAGUGCGUCAGAGUUGCAGAGUUAUUUCAGCGUGUUUCCUUACACUCCUUGGGGUCCUGAGCUAUAUAAUACUGUGUGCAUGUCUGAAAAAGGGCUGCUACCCCUGCACGGAUAUCUCUGCCAGUGGACGUUGGUAGCGUAUUUGGAUGUACAUCGCUGUCUGGAACAUCUUGGUUACCUUGGAUACCCUAUCUUAUGUGAGCAGGACAGCCAGACUUUGGCCAUCACAGUAACCCGUGAGAAGAGGAUAGACCUAGAGAAGGGGCAGACUCAGAGGAACGUUUUCAUAUGCAAAGUUAUUGGCCCCCGAGGAACGGGUAAAUCAGCCUUCCUCCGAGCUUUCCUGGGACAGAGUCUCGAGGAACAACUGCAGGUACCUAAGGACCCUUCAUUUUAUUCCAUAAACACAGUUUUGGUUGGAGGUCAAGAAAAGUACCUUAUUCUGUUUGAGGUUGAUGUGGAUACGGAAUUCCUAAAGGCAUCAGAUGCUGGCUGUGAUGUGGCCUGUUUAAUGUAUGACGUGAGCGAUCCCAAAUCCUUUAAUUACUGCGCUAGCAUCUACAAGCAGCACUACAUGGAGAGUCAGACCCCAUGCCUGUUUGUAGGUUGUAAGAGUGACCUGGGCGAGGUAAAGCAGCAGCAUGGAAUCUCCCCAGCAGAAUUCUGCCACAAGCACCGCUUGCCACCUCCGUACCACUUCACUUGCCAAGGGAACGUAGACAAAGCCAUCUACUGCAAGCUUGCAACAGCCGCUGCCUUCCCUCACCUCCAUGAUACAGAACUCAGCACUGCAUCUUUCUGGCUGCGAGUGGCAUUAGGAGCUACAGUUGCUGCCGUUGUGGGAUUUACACUUUACAAAGCGCUGCUACGAAGCAAAUAACCUUUGGUGGUUCAUCUCACCUCAGAAACUCACAACACACUCAAAAACUCUUAAACUGCUCCCCUGCCCUCCAGUACUAAUCACUGUGACGGAAUAUACAAAAUGGGGGGGCGCAUUCAGUAUCUAAUUCUUUUUGACUGACUUAUGCCUGUACUUCUGAGUUUGAAUUACAUUCUGAACGCCCCUGCUGUCUUCCUAAAAGACUUCUUAUGUUUUAAAUCAUUCUGCCUUUUUUUCGUUGCACCAGGAGAAACUUUAAUUUCUUUUACUUUGCUUUUAAUUGUUCCUUUUCUGUGUUAUCUCCACAUUAGUGGAGAAUGUGACAUAGGACCAAAGUGAACCAACAUAAUAUUUUGUUUGGGUUUUAUGUUUCCAAUUUCUGCUUUCUUUAAAAAACUGUGCUAUAACAGUAUGCACCCCUUAAUCUCAAACCCCUGUUAGAUGAACAGGAUUAUCCCAUUUAUAAUAAUGCCACCAGCAAUUUAAAGGGACACUGAACCCAAAAAAUUUUAUUUUGUGAUUCAGAUAGAGCAUGCAAUUUUAAGAAACUUUCUAAUUUACUCCUAUUAUCAAUUUUUCUUCGUUCUCUAGCUUUCUUUAUUUGAAAAAGAAGGCAUGUAAGCUAUUUUUUUUGGUUCAGAACCAUGGAAAGCACUUGUUUAUUGGUGGGUGAAUUUAUCCACCAAUCAGCAAGAACAACACAGUGUGUGCACCAAAAAUGGUCCGGCAUCUAAACUUACAUUCUUGCAUUUAAAAUAAAGAUUCCAAGAGAAUGAAGAAAAUUUGAUAAUAGGAGUAAAUUAGAAAGUUGCUUAAAAUUGCAUGCUCUAUCUGAAUUACGAAAGAAAAAAUUUGUGUUCAGUGUCCCUUUAAGUUAGGCUAAAUCCAAUACUCACACACUAGCACAAUAUCUUGUGGAAGUAAUCCAUAAUUAGAGGAAUAUGAAACCCACAGGCAAUUUUAAGCAACUUUCUAAUUUACUCCUAUUAUAUUUUUUUUUUUCGUUCUCUUGUUAUGCUUUGUUGAAUGAUCAUCAAUGCUCUACUGGUUGCUGACUGAACACAUGGGUGAGCCAAUCACAAUCUGUAUAUAUAUGCAGCCACCAAUCAGCAGCUAGAACCUAGGUUCUUUGCUGCUUCUGAGCUUUCCCAGAUAAACCUUUCCGCAAAGGAUAACAAGAGAAGGAAGCAAAUUAAAUAAUAGAAGUAAAUUGGAAGGUUGUUUAAAAUUGUUUUCUCUAUCUGAAUCAUUAAAGAAGAAUUUUGGGUUUCAUGUCCCUUUAAAUACAAAACCAUAGUUUUUAUUUUUGUGAAAUGAGUUUCUGUUCUUGAAGUCUGUUCUCAGAUAACGUCUGUCACUUCUUAUUAUAUUUAGCUACUUACUAAAUGAAUAGAACUUAUUAGUAGCUUUCUUUACUGUUGGAAACACAGGCAUCAUCCAGAUAUACAGAGCUAUGCACAUUGUACUUGGCAGUACCUAUUUGUCAGCUCGGAGUCUUAUUACCACCAGUUCCAGUAACAGAGCUAUUUCACUGUUUAUCCCACCUAGGAUUUGCUGAAAUCUCUCCGGACGUGACAGCGCAAGUAUCUCUGACAGCAAUAGUAUUUUACCAUGUAGUUAAUUUCUAAAGCACGGAAGCGCAUAAGAGAAUAAAAGCUAUUCUUUGUCAUUCAUACUUACUGACUUUUGCCUAAACAUUGGGCCUGACAAACACUACCUAAAGUACACGGGAAACCUGCAGUUCAGCACUGACAAAGCUAUUUGCUUUAAAGGGAUAGUUUAGUCAAAAUUAAACUGUCAUGAUUCAGAUAGAUAAUGCAAUUUUAAGCAACUUUCUAAUUCACUCCUAUUCUCAAUUUUUCUUCAUUAUCUUGGUAUCUUUAAUUGAAAAAGCAGGAAUGUAAAGCAUAGGAACUGGUCCAUUUUUGGUUGCCACCAAUCAGCAAGCACUACCCAGGUGCUGAACAAAAAAUGGGCUGGCUCCUAAGCUUACUGUCAAAUAAAGAUACCAAGAGAACGAAGAAAAAUUAAUUUUGACUAGACUUUCCCUUUAAAUGUGAGUAAAAUUUCCAGUUUGCAUACUGGUAACUUUACAGUAUAUUUUAAAAAUAUUUCUCUCUCUGACUGGCAAAUUAAGGUAUUAAUGUACAUUGCACAUGAAUUGAACCUCAAAGUGUUGUAAUAUUUAUCAGAAAUGUAAACUAAAUUUGUUCUUUCUUUCAUAUUAAUUGGUUGUUUGGUUUUUAUAUUUUAUGUAUCAUGGAGGUUGCAAAGCAGUUGGGAUCAACUUUCCAGCUUCUUAGCCAUAUAUUUAAAAUACCUCUUGCAAAUCUACUAUCUCUGUUGUGGGAAACUGGAGUCUGAUUUACUAGCAAUUGCAUACGGCCUCUUCAUUUUCUGUUAUAAAUGACGUCACCAAUUCAAUGAGGCAUAUUCCAUGGAAUAAAAUGUAUAUACAUUAUAUUAGGUUUAUACUAUGUUUUUUUUUUUUUAAAGAUUUUCAAGUCUUUAAGUGAAUGGUAAAUGAUAUUUUAAAUCACCAACUGGAAAAAUGGCCAUUUAUAUCAGAAGGUGAAAUAAUAAGGUCUGCAACUGAAUCCUGUUUUUUUUAAUAUAUUGAUUAAUCAGAGUAAAAAUAAAGUACAUUUUUAUAAUUUCACAA